GCCUUCCAUUUUUUAAGACAUUUAUUUUAAUUGUUAGAGCGGCCACUUGAGUAUCUGGUCAAUAUAAUGGAUACUCUGUAAUAUAAAUAACGGCACAGGGAAAUAAGCGAGCACCGGGCAGUGCAAUCAGCCGUGUAGCCAACCUUCAAUCAUACAUUGUGUUUAAACUAGCCGAUACAGUUGUUGCAAAUAAUCUAUGGUGUUCUAGUAUCGAUAGGACAAUCGUCAACACGAGUAUGGCAACUCCUCUACCUCCUUGUGUGAUAGAUUGUGGGACAGGGUACACCAAGAUUGGAUAUGCUGGAAACACAGAGCCACAGUUUAUCAUGCCAUCCUGCAUCGCUAUACGAGAGUCAGCCGGUGUAGGAGACCAGGCACAGAGGCGACUUGUGAAGGGAGUGGAUGACUUGGAUUUCUUUAUAGGAGAUGAAGGCAUUGAUAAGCCCAACUAUGCAACCAAGUGGCCCAUCAGACAUGGGAUGGUGGAAGACUGGGAUUUGAUGGAGAAGUUCAUGGAGCAGAUCAUCUUCAAGUAUCUGCGGGCAGAGCCUGAAGACCAUAGCUUCCUUAUGACAGAGCCUCCGUUGAACACGCCAGAGAACAGAGAGUAUCUGGCUGAGAUCAUGUUUGAGACCUUUAAUGUCCCAGGCCUGUACAUCGCAGUGCAGGCAGUUCUGGCCCUGGCAGCAUCAUGGACGUCUAGACAAGUAGGCGAGCGAACACUGACAGGAAUCGUGAUUGACAGCGGAGAUGGAGUCACCCACGCCAUACCUGUGGCUGAAGGCUACGUCAUUGGGAGCUGUAUAAAACACAUCCCUAUAGCAGGUCGAGACAUCACCUUGUUUAUUCAGCAGCUCCUCAGAGAGAGGGAGGUGGGCAUCCCCCCGGAACAGUCCAUGGAGACAGCCAAGGCAGUCAAGGAGAGGUACUGCUACAUCUGUCCAGACAUUGUGAAGGAAUUUGCCAAAUAUGACACGGACCCUGGGAAAUGGAUCAAGAAGUACAAAGGCAUCAAUGCCAUCAACAAAUCUGAAUUCCACAUAGACGUUGGAUAUGAACGCUUUUUAGGUCCAGAAAUAUUCUUUCAUCCAGAGUUUGCCAACCCAGACUUCAUGCAGCCAAUCUCAGAUAUAGUUGACGAGGUUAUAAUGAACUGUCCAAUAGAUGUCAGAAGACCUCUAUAUAAGAAUAUUGUCCUGUCUGGCGGUUCCACCAUGUUCAGAGACUUUGGCCGGCGGCUGCAGAGAGACCUGAAGCGGUCGGUAGACGCCCGGCUCAAAUUGAGUGAGGAGCUCAGUGGAGGAAGGAUAAAGCCCAAGCCCAUGGAGGUCCUGGUGGUUACACACCACAUGCAGCGCUAUGCCGUGUGGUUCGGAGGAUCCAUGCUUGCCUCUACGCCUGAGUUUCUCCAGGUUUGUCACUCAAAAAAGGACUACGAUGAGUUUGGUCCCAGCAUCUGCCGCCAUAACCCUGUCUUUGGUACCAUGUCCUAAUGCUAAAACCCACACCUACAGAACCUGCUGUUGACCCCGGCCUGGGGUCAGUCCAUGCAUCGUGAUUAAUGUCCUUACUUUACCACCAUAGCACUCUAACCUACCACACAAGAGCCCCUUAGACGUUGAUGUGCAAUUGAAUUUGUCAACAAUAUAUUGUACAAUCAGUAUCGGCUGAUUAGAAUUAAUGUGAAGGAUAAAAGUCAUUGAAUUAGACAAAGACCUCUUAUAGCACACAUACAGUGAAUUUUCAAUAUUGUCAUUGUAAACUGGAACACUUUGGUUGAAGCCAUGAACUGAAGACUGUUUUCUUGCACCUACUCUCUUAGUUUCGCUGUACACUCUUAAGAUUAACUUUAGAUCCCAUCCCAGGCUGCAUGAAUCAUGUGGGAAGGCAACCCACGCUAAUUCUGGAGCAGCCCAAAUUACAUUUGUCCAAUAUCCAUAGAAAGUCAUGCUUUGAAAUUGUAUAUAGAAUAUAUAGAUAAAGAUACUAUAUAUUACAAUAUAACAUAUUUAGAAAUGUGUUUAUAUUUGUAUUAAAGAUUAUCAGAACAGGUAUAUAAAGAUGUAGAUCGUAUUGACGUGAAAUAGUGUAACAUGAAAGAAGAGAUAUUUCGAGAGAUUUUGUUUAUUAGGUCCAAAAGUAUUUAUUAAAUUAUUUUUGUCAGCCACAAAUUAUCUAUGGUAUAUAAUGAUAUUGAAGUAUUUAUUUAUACAUUUCUGUGUAUCUAGAAGUUAUUUCCGUAGGGAACUGUGCUCACUAAAAAUCUAACUGCUGGUAUGACGCUAAUGUGAAUAAAGGUACUUGGCACCUUCA